AUGCCACCAACAGUUGUCUCACCUCUGUACUGGAACUAUUGGGCUAAUGUUAUCUACAUUCUUGGAAUGUUUGGAUAUUUAACAAUAGAUUCAGCGAAUUAUCUGUUCGCUGGAUUUCAGAAUGAUCUUUCGAUUUUCAUCUAUGUUUUCCUUGCUAUUUUAUUUGCUCUGAGUGCUAUUCUAUACGCGAUCGAUUGGUAUGUAUACGCGGUGAAACUACGUGAAGAUGAAAAUGAACCGAUACAUUAUCGUGCUGAAUUAAUCGCCUGUAUGUUUCAAAAUGUAGGUUGUUAUCUUUACCUACUCGGUGCAACAUUGGCUUUUCAUCAAGUUAAGUAUAUGAAAACAAUAUUAUUGUUGAACUUUUUCGCAAUAUUAGCAUUUCUCACUGAAUCAAGUUUAAUAUUUCUCGGAUGGCGUAUGGCAUUGCGCAGACAAGGUACAUCAAAUCCGAAACGUGGCUGUGUAGCUCAGGACGUAUGCAUGUGGGCUCAUCUAUUGUACUUCAUUGGUAAUGUCAUCUACUUGUGUUCAACGUCGUUAGCUUAUCGUUUUUAUGUUGAUUUCAAUGUUACCUAUCCAAAUGGUGUAGUUAUAUUACAAAUCUUUGGUGAUCUUAUCUAUUUGCUGGAUGCUUAUCUUUACUACGAAUGUUGGAAACGAGAUAAACAGGAAUAUGAUGCGAAUACGGAACGUCAAAAUUUGGUUAAAUUGAAUGUGGUUAAACAAUUAUCUACAGAAAAUUUUGCUAAUGACAUGAAAAUUGAUUCAGAUAACUAA